UAUUAUAUCCAAUCCCAAACCCCAAUCGCCCAAAUCGUUGUUAUAGUUUUGCUCCUGAGUAUUAAAACUAUUUAAAUUUUUCAAACGCGUUCAGCCUCUUUUUGUACCGAAAAGUUGCCACUGUAGGAAAUCACUGAGCAGACAUACCUUGGAUACAAUGGAAAAUUUUGCAGAGUUAUUCAACCAGUUACAAACUGUCAUUAAUGUUGUCGGACAAAAUAUUAACUUCCCGCAAAUAGUUGUUGUUGGAUCUCAGAGUGAUGGGAAAAGUUCCGUACUGGAAAGUAUCGUCAAGAGAGGUUUCCUGCCACGCGGUACCGGUGUGGUCACACGCACCCCUGUCAUCUUGCAACUGAACAAUACUCAAUCCAGCAGUCCUAGCGCAGAAGGACUAGAAGAACACGCGGAAGUGAGUUAUCCCGAUCUGGAUAUGCCGAACUUGCAGAGCAAGGGGGAAGUCAUCACGGACUUCUCACAAGUUGCCGGAAAAAUUUUACAAGCCACAGAGCGCUUAGCCGGAAAGCAAAAGAAUAUUGUCGACAAACCGAUUACCGUCAAGCUGCAUUCUCCAUACGUUCCGGAUCUGACUUUAGUCGACCUACCUGGCUUGGUCGAGAAUCGCUCCGGAGACCAGCCCGAUAACAUAAAGGAACAAGUUGAGCAGCUUGUCAAAAGCUACGUACGAAAUCCAAAUGCAAUCAUCUUGGCUGUGCAUCCCGCCACUUCCGAUUUGGCUAAUUCGAAGAGUUUGAAUAUUGCACGGGAAGUUGAUCCUAAUGGUUCUCGAACUAUCUGUGUAAUAACCAAAUUGGAUAUUUCGGAUAAAGCUGACGAUAAAACUGACCUGUUGACCGGAGUGGAAAUAGCUAAUCAUCAUUCUAAAGUGCUACGAACCAUCGCUGUAAUAAGCCGGUCGCAAGCUGAUCUGAACAACAAAGGAUGGAGUAUGGCCGCUCAGUUGAGCAAAGAGGAAAGAUGGUUCAAAGAACACUACCCGAGGCUUGCGGAUCAGCAUGGUUCCCAGCGACUAUCCGAAUUUUUAUCUGCUGUUUUCCGUGAUCACAUACGCAAGUGUCUGCCAGCAUUAAAGGCAGCGGUUAAUGAAAUGGUUUCCGACAGUCAAAUGCAGUUGAGCGCACUGGGUGAAGAUGUACACAGCAAACUUAUGAAUUCGGAAGCCAGUCGUAAUCCACUGAUUCCUAAUCCCGGCCACGUGCUGGUGGUCAGUGUCAUCGACCAGUUUGUUAAUUAUUUCAAGGGAGCCAUUCAGGGAGAUGUCGAUCAGGGUAAUACCGAGGUGAAAGGUGGUUCGCGCAUCGAAGAGCUAUUUAAUGUAACUUACUGGGACGCUUUAACCGGUAUAGUUCCGCUGACCGGCACUAGCGAUCUGCAGGUCUGGACACAAAUACGUAACGCUUGGGGUACUGAGAGGCAAAUGUUUCUUAACAUCAAGGCAUUCCGAAUCCUGGUACAGCACGAAAUGGCCCGCAUGGAAUUUGAGAGUAUCCGUUGCGUUAAGUUAGCGUAUCAAGAAAUGCUGUCUAUUCGAAAUUCCGCUGGUCAGCACAUCGGGUACGUCAAAGAACAGUUUCCCAAAUUAUUUGAUCGCAUCGUGGAUAUCGUUUCACAACUAAUGGAGAUUCACUUGGAGGAAGCGAAAAAAAUGGUCUCGCAUGCUGUAAAGAUGCAGUUGGACUACCUGAACGUUAAACAUCCAGAUUUUGAAAAACCCGAAAAAGAGGCUAUGAAGCGAUUUAACGAAAUUGUGGCCCAGGUGGAGGACAGCAUGAACAACGACGGCAGCACCAAUGUCCACUUAGGAACUCCGGUCCCAGUGCGAAUUGCGCCGAUCCCACCCGCCCGACAAAUGCCAAAACCACCAUCAAAUGGCGUUGUUGUCAAUAUUGGUGGUCAAGUGUCCGCAUCCGGCGCACCGUACCCGCAUAUAGCUAACGGAAUAAAUGGGUCGUGGGAAGGAGAUACUCCAACAGAGUUAGAGCCGGUUCACAGCAAAUCGCGAUCGCUAACCAAACGAGAAAAAUUAGAAUGUGAUAUUACCGCACAGCUGGUGCGCGAAUAUUUUGAAGUUAUCCGACGCAUCGUCAGAGAUUCUGUCCCAAAGGUCAUUGUCCGUUUCUUGGUGAAUGCGGUUCGAGACGAGGUUUUGAAAGAAUUGAUGACAAGGAUUGCAAGUAGUCCUCAAGUUUACGCCCCUUUACUCGCAGAAUCGGAGGUAAUGGCCACAAAGCGCAAGAACUACAGUCAACGACUGGACGUUUUUCGUAAUGCAGCAGAAAUCAUCAAAGUUCUGGAAGCCAGUUAGAAGACUCCGGUCUUCAUUUGCAAAGCCCGGCAGCACAAGAUUUUUUUCUCUUUUUACCAGUAAUCAAAUUAUCAUACCUCAGUGCAUUCAAUAUUUUUCGUAAAAUGUGCAGAAUCUCACCAAAUCAGUUAUUUGUCAAAUAUAUAUUGGAACAAUAAACAGUGAUCAUAGUGUUACGAAAAUCGGAUAAGUUCAAAAAAUAAACCAAAACGGAUUAGCUAUAAAA